AGACGUACGGUACGUGCCUGCUUAUGUUGUUGUAUGCCAGUGUUUAUGCUGGAUAGGGAAGGGAAACGUACUUCAGAAGAUGUCUGCUUCCAUAGCAAGAGCCACAGUUAGAGCUGUCAGCAAGAGGAAACUGCUAGCUACAAGAGCAGCGUUAACUUUGACUCCUGCAGCAGUUAACAAAAUAAAGCAUCUUCUUCAGAACAAACCUGACUAUAUUGGGUUGAAGGUCGGUGUUCGAACCAGAGGAUGUAAUGGUCUUUCAUAUACUUUAGACUACACAAAGGAAAAGGGAAAAGCAGAUGAAGAGGUUGUUCAGGACGGGGUUAGGGUUUUUAUUGAGAAAAAAGCUCAGCUGACACUCUUGGGGACAGAAAUGGACUAUGUUGAAAACAAAUUAUCCAGUGAGUUUGUUUUCAAUAACCCAAAUAUCAAAGGAACCUGUGGAUGUGGAGAGAGCUUUAACAUCUGAAGAGUCCUGCCUGUUCUGCUGCUGAUGUACACUACACAGCAUUGCUUCACUACACAGCAUUGCUUCACUACACAGCAUUGUUUCAUGGUGCUUUUUGGACACACGUCGCUGUUUCAAGAUAAACAAGUGCAUUUCUCAACUACCAUUUCCCUUCAUGAAGCCAGUAAAGAAAAUAACAUAUUUACUGUUGAAUGUAUAGUACUAUGGUUCAUAAAAAUAUAUCCUGCUGAGGCUUACAAGUUACAGAAAAUGUAGUGUUUUUAAAAGUACACUUUCAUAUAUAAAAAUAUUUAUCCUCAUUGAGACAGUGUAUGGUUUUGUUCCCUUUUAUUGUUUUUUUAUUAUUAUUUUGUUUGCUCAGCCCUUGUUUUCCUGCAUUUUCAGUGAACAAUUAUUUGUUUAAAAGAAGCCCAUGCUGUAAGCCUGUAUUCCACCGCUUGAAAAAGCAUGGAUGUUUUAGCAGUACAGUAAAAUUUCACCAUGGUCAAGAUGUGCUGGUGCAGCUUUCUUUUACAUUUAGGUGACGCAGACUAAACACUUUGAGAGACUGGCUUUACAUUAGGUACACAGCUGUGGUCUACAAUAUUUUUGCUCACUUUUCAUUAUAGGUAUGAAAAAAAAAAAACAGCUGCUGAAGCCGAAUAUCUGGAAAAACAUUUCAGACACAGACUUCAUGUUGACCAUAAUUAAGGAUACAAUCUUGUCACGGUAAUAAUAUGUAAAAAUCACAGCUAAUAGACAAUUUCCCGAAAUGAUCAUGGCUAAGAUUUUAACUUUAAAGAAGAUAUAUAAUAUAUUGUAAAUUUGUAGUAGUUCACUUUUGAUGCUUCUACACUGUUGACAGGUACUGUUAAGCACUGCAGGGCAACUACUGCAAUAGCUGCAAAUCUGGGUUUCAUGCUUCUGCAAAACUGUAAACUGCCCUCCCUGUUAGAUUUUGCAUUAUUAAGGGUAUGCAGAGUUAUUUUCUGCACAGAAGGCUUCAGUUAAUUUAAAAAGUUUGCUUCUCCUUUAAAGAUGCGCCCCCUGCUUUCGUGAAAUUGUUUGGGAUAUUGCUUAGAACUUUACUUUUUUGCAGUUCUGUUUAUUUAAUAAUUCAUCAUGACUUAUGCUAACUGCUUUCUUUACCUUUGUCUUGCCACCAAUUCAAAUGACAUGAACUGCUCCCUUCCUAGUGGAAACAAAUAGCAAAAUCUACGGGUUCCGUGAAAGCCGUGACCACCAUGAUAUAAUCGUAUCCUUGAUAUAUGAACCCCUUAUGUACUCCAUAUACUCAGACUCUGUAAAAGGAUUGUUUUGAUUUUGUUGUUACACUCCUUACUAAUGUAUACAGUUCACAUUAGCUUUCAAGUAUAUG